CAAUUGGCAGCAGGAUAAACAGAUUUUUGGUUUUUGUAUGUAGUGUGAAAUUGCUUGCUGACGGAUGUAAAUUACCAGUACAUCAGUACAAGAUUUACGAUUACGUGUAAAAGAAACUUUCAAUGAAAUUGCGGUGCUCUCUUAGAUAUACACAAUUUAAAUUUUCCUUAUAAAUAAUAAUUAUAUAGGCCAAUGAGCUGUAUUCGUAACAUUCUUAAAAAAUGAGCUUAAAAUAGUGUACUUUAAUUUUUGUCAAACAAUCGGAAGAUUUGAAAAGUAACUUUUUCCAUUUCAACAAAAUGACAACUGAAAAGUUGACUUGUCCAGAAUGUGGUUGUGCAUGCAAGAAAUGUUUAACUUCUGUUAGAACUUGGCCAAAUAUGUGUGAUAUACAAAUGGGUGCUGAUACAUUGCAUUUACAUCAAGAGAUUGAAUCCCUUAAAAGGCAGCUAGUUGAAAGAGAAUACCAUAUUUUACAAAUGGAAACAAGUGUUCUUAAUCAUGCUGAACAAUAUCCCAAUGGAGAGUGGGAACAUCUGCAACAAGAACUUUUAAUAUGUAAAGAUAAAUAUGAGAGAUUGUUUGAGAGUCACAAAAAGCUACAAAAAGUAAAUCAAGGUUUAGAAGACAAGCUUCUAAAACUAGUCGAUAAAUUUGAAACAGAAAAAAAUGCCCUUACAAAAGAUGUUGCUGAUCUUACUAAUCGCCUUGUGGAGGCUCGCUUGUCCAUAAAUGAUUUAGAAGAGCAAAAUGUACAAUAUCGAAAUGAUUGCAGCAUAGCUAUCCAAUUACUCCAAUGUAAACCAUCGAAUUUUGUUUCUCAAAAGCUAAGUUCAUUUCCUUCAGACCUUCAAGAUAAAGUAAAACUCCACUUCAACCAUCGAAACCAACGAGAGCUCCCAAACAGUCGUAGCAACCCUGAGUUGCGCACCAUCAAAGUUCCUAUCCCUACUUUCCCCCCAACUGCAAUGGUUUAUUCUGUAAACAAUGUGCCUCGUACCUUGGACAAUGAGCCAAACAAUUCUGAAAACAUUCCAGACUAUGUUUCUGCAGCCAUAUUGGCCAAAGUGCUAGAAGAAAGGACUAAAGAACGACUUGAUAAGCAAGAGACCUGCCGAAUUUGCUGGUAUAGGAGACAUUCUUUGGACCAUCGGGACAAAUCAACUCAAACUUGCUGGCCACCAGUAGCUCUAGACAUUCAAAGUUCCAAUCACAUUGCACCAAUCCAUUUAAGGGAUAGAAGUGAAUCGUCAUCUAGCUUAGAAUCCUAUGGAUCCCGAAUAAGAAAUGGCUCAGCUACAAGUACAGAAACAGUUAUAUAGACUAGUACUGUGAGAAUUGCAGCAUGAUUAACACUGUGUGCAUUAGUAACUGGUUAUAGAUGUAUGCUCCAAAUGAUUAGAUGCUUCAUAAAAUAUUUUAUAUUUUGCAUAUGGAAUGCUUGAAUUUUGAUCUCAUUCCUGAAAUUAGGUAACUAAUAUUGAAAAAAUCUGCAUGUCUUUAAUAGAAAUGAAUAUAUAUAUUAGAUAAGCAUACUGUUUCUUAUAAUUAAAGUGAAACUUUAUUUUAAUCCUUGUAGGCAAAAGCUUAAUUUAUUUAACUGAUUCAUUACUUAAAUAGAUAUCUAUACAUAAUUAAAUUUAUUUGAAAUAUUUUAUUAUUUUUGUAAGACUUUAUAAAGACUUCUUAUGUGUCUACAAAUGUUGCUUUUAUCAAAAUAGGGUGUUUGUUACAUGAUGAUUUUACAAUUUGUUAGAUAAUCAUUUUCCAUCAAAAGAUAUAUUUUAUAACCAUUUGCUGAAGCAUUGACAGCAAAAUCAUCUGUGCUGAAACAGUUUAGAAAUUAUUUAUUAAUCACAUACAUGAUGCUGAAAGAAAUGAAAUUUCAAAUAUGUAUCUACAAUUAGAUGUGCCAGAUGCAUUUCCGUGCAUUGAAAUCAGUGUGCUAUUUCUUCAUGAAUUUCUUCAGGGUUAUCCUUUUCUUACACUGUAGUUUUCCCCUCUCUUAAUGUGUAUUUAUUGCUCAUUGUGAGAAAAAGGAGGAAAGAUUCAUGUGCUGUAUACUGUUUUUGAGCUUACAGAAACAUUUUAUGACAGUUGAAUCAGUUUUAAAAUGUUGUUGGACAGAAUUAUUUUUUAAUUUGUUAUUAUAUAUAUAAUAUAUCAUUUAAAUAUAUUUUCAUGAAUUAAUUAGGAUUAAAUUCAUUUAAUCAUAAUGCAUUAAUAAUACAUUUUUCAUUAAUAAAGGAUUAAAUAUUGACAUUUCUUAGAAAGAAAGUUAUAAUAGGCUCACAAAAUUGUAAUUUCAUUUUGCAUUAUUUGUUCCAUUAUAAUAUUUAAAGGCUAUGAAAUGUAGAAUAUUGUAAAAUGGUUUUGCUUCAAAAUUUCUAAUAAUUUUAAACGUUUUUUUUUUUUUGUAAAUAGCAUUUAUUAGCAGAGGUUUAAUUUGUAUUCUGGUUUUCAAAAGUGACAUUUUUUAAUGCAUUUAAAAAAAUAGAUAAAAAUUUAGACUCUAGGUCUUUUGUUUGAGUUCAAUUGCAUGGCUGGUAAUGAAAAUUAUAUACCAAUUGAUUAUAAAAUUCAAAUUAUACAAUGGAAUUAGCAAAGCAGUUAUUACAGUAAUUAUCACUGCAAAACACUUUUUAAAUAUAAUUAUGCAUUUUCUGAUUCGUAUUAUUAGUUCACAUUUGGCAUAUGAUAACAUUUUCAUGUUGCAGAACUGUAUAAUUGGUAAAAAUACAUAAUUUUUAAAUUCUUGUUCCACUUUAUGGAACCAUGUAUCUCCAUGAUGGCUUUGUCUUUAUUCAAAUUCAGAUGCUUCUAAAAAAUGUAUUCUGAGAAUUAUGAAUCGGAUGUAUUAUAGAUAGGUGAAUUUCCUUUAAAGAUUUUGAUUUUAUGCAUGCCAAUAAAUUUAUCAGAAGAAAAACAGAAGGCUAAACUUUGAUAUACAGUCAUUUGGCGACUUGCGAGGUUGGCAAUUUUUCGGUGGCACUUUUGCUACCAUUACGCUAUUGCUGCUGUUCGCGGCGCCACAUUUGGCCAUUUCGCUAAAAUUUGACGAUAAGCUAUUUUUUUGUUGAACAUAACUGUAUAUCAAAACUGGUCCAAACAGAAUUAAAAGUUUUGAUAGAAGACUUUUUGAAGUUCAGUGAUUUCAUUGUGCAACUUUAAGAUUUGAAACCAAUGCAUUCUUAGUGAUUUAAAUCAAUAUCAUAAUGCUAUUAUUGGAGGGAGAAAAAAAUCUCAUGCUCGUUGAUAUUAAUCAAAAUUUGUUUUAUUUCAGAUUUUGAAAAUGAUGCCUGUAUGCAUUUAAUUCCUUUUGAUUAAUUUCUCCUAUUGAUGAUAAUGAUAUUCUAGCAUAUUGCUUUGCUCUUUCAUUUUUGAAACAAAUAAACCUAUUUUUAUUUGGAAAUUUUUAGUCCAAAUUCAAAAUUGAAAAGCAGAUAAGAUUUUUUAAGAAUCGUAAUUUGUCUGCAUAAUUUUCAAUAUAAAGGGCUUAAAAUAAGUCCUCAAGUAGAUUUAUAGGUAGAGGUAUUUUGAAUUGUUACGAAUUUUAUAAUCUCCAAUGGUAGCAACAAUAAGAAAAGUUUUAAAAACACUAAACGGAAAGGGGGGAAAAAAUUUUAAAAAUUUCAUUUGACUGCUAAAUAUAUGUCUGUAAUAAACUAUCUUGAUUAAAAAUAUUAUCAAUGUAUAAGAGAAUAAAUUCGUGUGAUUUUAGUAAAUAUGUAUUGCACAGCAGUGAAAUGGGUGAUUUUGCUAUUUAAGAAAAAGCAAAUUCUGUGAAGAUGAGUUGGUCCCAUUUAGAAGAAUAAAAUUUGCCAUUUAUUUCAGUAAAAAUGUAUUACCAUAAUUAGUGAGAUGGAAUUGUGAUUUUGACCAACACACAUUUAUAGUGAUGGGCUUAUUAAAAAAUGGUAUAGUUAGAUGGCAGUGCAAUAUGCUUCUUAAAAUUAUUAUUAUUUUAGGCUAACUUCUACACAUUAUAUCAAAAUGUGAUGUAAUAAUUUGGAGAAAGUGAUAAUAUGUUCAUUUUGAGAAAUAGAUAUAUAGGAUACCAUACUAGUAAAUAUAUUAUCUCUUUUUUUCAGAAAUCUCAUUUUUAAGCACUUGUACAUUUUCUUAUGUUACGUAUAUAUAUAAAAAGUAUUUAUUGUAAAUUGAAAUUAUUGUGCUUUUGUCUUAAAUAUGUGUAUUGUGAUUAAGUUUGUAUUACUGGCAAGACUUUUAAAUUUCCCCAUUUUACUGCUGUAUAUUGUAAAGGCAUAAGAAACUUGACAGCAUAUUACUUAUAUAAAAAUAUUUCUUCACUAUUUUUCAAAAAAAAAAAAAAAAAAAAACUUUAAGAUUGUUUUACAUUAUUGGAUAUUCAAUUUUUAUUUCCAAAAGCUCCAUGCUUAAUAUAAUGAAAUGCUCAUUUUUUUUAUAAAAUUCUUUUAAAUUUAUUUAAUUCAAUUAACUAUGAGAUAAUUUCAAAUAAAAUUUUAAAAAUGUAACUAGUAAUAAAUGGGCAUAUGAUGUACUUCAUAGUGUUUAAGAAUAUAAUACACAAUUGCAAUUAUUGAACAAAUGAUUUUUAUUUUUUAAAAUAACCUUCCAUUUUUAAGAGUACAUUAAUUUUUUAUGAACUGAAUAAAUAUUUUAAAAUUAUAGUAAAAGUGAGAAGAGUAUUUGAUAUUUGAAAAUAAAUUUAUAAACAUUUUUUCAUGAAUUACAAAUUUAAUUAAACUUUCACAUGCUAUUUCUCAUAAUUUUGUAUCAAAAUACUAAGGAAAAUACUGUGUGAUAAGUUACAAUUUUCUAGAAUGGAGCUUAAAUUAUAAAUUUUACUUCCUUAAUUAAAAAAUAAUUGUAAAUAAUGAUGAAAUUUUAAAAAAUUGUAUUGUAAUUAUUUAUGAAAAAUCUAUAUAUGGCAAAUUAAAUCAUAUGGAUUUGCAAUAAAAAUAUGAAUUUGCAUCAACGAUUGCAGAAUCAUUUCAUAAACAGCAGGCAGUGUAAUUUAAAUUUGAGCUUAAUUAUAGAAAAAUAAUUAAAAAACGUUUAUACUUCCUAUUGUGUGAAAGCAUGUUUUAUAAUGUACAAAAGGUGAGAUAUAACUUUAUGAGUAUUAAUUUGUUUUUAAUUUAUUAUAUAUUUUAUUCAAUGAAGGCGCACAGAUUAUCUUAUUUUCUUCAUUGCAUUGUUGUAUGUAAUAAGUGAGUGAAUUUACAAUUUAUUUGUUUGAAUUAUUAAAAAAUUCAGUUUCAUUGUAUUUGUUAAAAAUAUUAUUGAUGCCUUAAUUAAAAUAUACAGAAAUUUUGCUAGUAAAGUUUUUAAAUAUAA